GAGAUCAACUCUGUGUUUUCCGUCGUCAAACGUGCCCGACCUUUUUGUCCUCUCUCCCUCGAGAACUCGUUGCCUUCAUUCGAUCUUGUUUAGCGUACUCAGCAUGAGGUCUAACGGUGUAGUGCACAUCGGCAACGACACCUUCCUGGCCGCCACGAAGGAUGUCACGGAUAGUCUGUUUCUGUUCUCCAGCUCCUUUCCCUCAGAGGAGCAGCUGGCCGCCUUGCCGCUAGCCCGCCACGCGCGCUUCAACCCCCACGCUGCCCUUCCCUGUACCGCUACCGAGUUGGAGCACUACACCGCUGAGGCCACUCGUGAGCGCAGCACCGCGACGGCCGACGUGGCUGAGCGUGCCUUAGUCCUAACAACGAACGAGGAGCUGGCAUCGCCGCUCUUUCGACACUCCCUGCACGCGUCACCAGAUGGGCAUCAAAUCGCCGUGAUCAGCAACGUGCAGCGCCACCAUUACAUCGUCGAUAUUGCGGUUGAGCCGGCCGCGGUGUGCGCACUGAAGAUGCCGGAGAUAGUGCGCAGCGUGUGCUGGCACCCGGUUGCCCCGCACGUCCUGUACGUGCUGUUUGUGACCGGCGACAUGAUGAUCUACGAUACGAGCCGCUCUCGGUUGGGGGUGGUGCUGCCGCGGCAUCGGCGUGUGGCUCUUCGGCCGCUGAUGCAGCGGUGUCUGCUGGAGACCAACGAAGAGGUGUCGAGCAAAGCGGCGAAUGGCGCGCCAUCCCCGUCGUCUGUGACCCCCUCCGUCCCCGCAUCGGCGGCAGCAAAACCAAAGAACGGGAAAACUGGUGAAGACGGCACGUCAACGAGCACCGGCAUCCGUCGUCACAAGUCUACUACAGGUGCUUCUCGUGCGCCGUCUCCCGCGGCCACGUCGCCGCCGUUUGCGUCCCCCAGCGUCUACGCCGCCAGCGCCAAGAGGGCGGCCCUCCCCGUGUACGAGGUGCACAUGACGAGCAGCCCCACCAGCGGCACAGUGCUGACGGCGUCCCACUUAGCGAACUCGCCUCAGCAAGGCGUGGCAGAGCGGCAGGCCUUCGAUGAGGUCAUCCCUAUUGACAAGGAGUCGGACGACGACGUGCCCACCGGCGCGGAAGACAACGCAGUCGCAGCAAAGACAGCAAAUACUACAGCCUCGACGGACGUCGCAGACGCGCAGCGCGGCCGCACCGCGCAGACGGACUUAGUGGAUCUGUACGCGCUGGCCCCCACGCCCAGCAUGCCGGCGAUUCUACUGGUACUGAGCAGCAGCGGCGACGUCUACGCGGUGCACAUCAGUGAAGAGGACGCGCUGCCGGCACUGGCCACUGCGGCCGCCGUCGACGACGGACGUGUGCGGACGCUCGAGGAAGAGCGAAGCCGACUGGCGGCGCUGAAGGGGGAAGAGGAGCGUGCCAUCAGCAUUGAAGUGCAUCACUUGAUCCGCGGCGAGCUGACGGCGAGCUGGGAUGAGGCAUUGGCGAUCCGCGGCUGCCGUAUCGACGCCGACGCCGGCACCCACGCCGUCUUCUUCUGCACAGCCAACGGGGUGGUGAAGGGGGCGUGGGUCAGCGAGCCGGACCUGCUGGCACGGCACCGCGCCGCCUUCGUGCAGUCCACCGGCGCUCCAAAUAUAUCCUUCACGGUGCACCUCGACGGCCGGGACGGUGCGGUGCGGGAGUGCCUCUCGCCUGCCGUGCCCUCCACCACGCACACCGUCUCCAUGACGCAGUCGCGCAACCUCUGUCUCCUGCGAUGCGGAGAGACGGGAGAGGCGUCGUACCUGCUGGCGUUGCCGUGCUGGGACCGUCAGCGAAAGGGCUGGAGCUGCUGGCAGCCGACGUGCGAGGCGGCACGGACCACCGCGGAGGGGUCGCGGGCACUGUCGCUGCUGAGCACGGCCAACGCCGUGCCACCACCCAUCGCGCUGCGCCUCCCCUACGACACCCGCGGCUUCAGUGUGGCGCUGGGGGAGCAGGAGCUGCUCCUAGUGCCGGAGGCGUCAGUGCCGAAGUUGGGCGUCUGCGAGCGGCACCGCAUCUUCAGCGUCGUCCUCCUCUCCCUGCUGCGCUCGGCUCUCUACGCGCGCUGUGGCACUCUGCGUCUGCACCCGACGGUGGGGAAAGCGAAGGAGCCGCUGGAAGAAGAGGCAGUAAGAACAGUGAAGCUCGAUGUCGCGGCGAGUCGCGAGUCGCUUACGAAGCUUGUGAACUUAAUUCCCGUGUGUCAUCGUCGCUGGCUCUGCGCGGCGCCGCAGGCGGAAGUGGACGCGGCCACCGUGGAGCUUGCGGCGCUUGUGGAGCGGCAGGCGCGGGACUUGGAGCAGCGAGAGCGGAUGCAGGGUCAGCGACGUGAGCGCUUGAUGGCCCGCGUCGCAGUUUUGGAAGGUCGCGUGUCCGAGAUGACGCGCACACUCGACAAGUGGCAACAGACGCUGCUCGACGCCAUUGUGCAUCGCAGAGGCGUGGCGGCGGUGCACACGGCAAACGAACGCUUAGGCGAGGUGCACGCGAUGCUGAACGAGCGGGAUCACCAGCAGUGA